UCACAAAUUUGUUCGUACGACAACUGCGACUAAAAAGAUACAAAUGAAUUAUUUUACUACGGCCGAACGUCGGCACGGAGUGGGCAUGGUUGGCAUGGUAGACGACGAAGGAUGGGUUAGUCGCGCGGUGCUCGUUUUCGCGUCGUAAAAUUCGCACGGAAGGCUAAACUGGUCACCGACUCCAUGGCGGUUGAGGGAUGCUGACAGCGAGUCUUUGAUCGCGCACUCGUGCCGUUACAAGCACGCAAGCUGUCAGCCGCGAUGGAGAACCCAGGGCUGAAACUGACCGAUGCCGAACAGCGCUAUUUCGGCGAGCUCUUCUCUGCCUACGACGUCGAUGGCCAAGAGAAAAUAUCUGGUUCCAAGGCGUCCGAGCUGCUACUGGCGACACAGCUACCAACCGAAACACUGCAGCAGAUAACCGAGCUGUGUGGUGCCAAACGCCUGGGCCACUUUGGUCGUCCCCAGUUCUACCUGGCCAUGAAACUGAUCGCGGCCGCACAGGCUGGCCUUCCCCUCAAGAUGGACACCUUCUCUUCGGGCGUAGAAGUUCCCCUCCCGAGGUUUCAUCGGCCCAAUGACCACGCUGGCCACCCAACUCAACUGCCACCUCCACCAUCGAAGAUCCACAACAAGGCUACCAGGCAGCCCAGCCUGAAGGAGCUUGAGCUGUCACCGCAGCAUCAGCCGUACGGCCCAGCUGCGGCUGGCUACCCCCAGGUGCCCCCGAGAGAAUCACGGGACUCCUCCCCCGAGGUGCACACAGGCUCUGACAAGACGUGGACCAAAUUUAACCAGACAGGUGACGGGCAGCUAAACUGGAGCCACUUCGAGGAGCACCGGCAGCUACUGGGCAACGAGGAGGACAGCAGCGACCGGCAUUCGAGCGACGAGGACCACGACGUCUGGAGCAUCGCGGAUGACCAGCGUGACUACUACACCAACCAGUUUCAGCUCAUGCAACCCGACCUGCGGGGAAAGAUCACCGGUGCUAUUGCCAAGGAGUUCUUUGAGAAGUCCAAGCUUCCUGUUCAUGAGCUAUCCAAGAUAUGGCAACUGUCCGAUGUGGACAAGGACGGUGCCUUGAGCAUCGAGGAGUUCUGCACUGCCAUGCACCUGGUGGUGCUGCGAAGGAACAACAUUGAGCUUCCAGAGACCCUGCCACCUUGUCUGAUCCCCAAGGUGCCCACCACCAAGGGUGUGGACGUCGUGGACGCAACUGCCUACCCGAUGCCGCCGCAUCCCGUCACUCAGCCGGUGCGCAUAGCCAGCCCCAAAGGCCACACGCCGCCCCCUUCAAAAGAACCACUCUCACCUCAGAACAAAGAAUGGACCAAGUUCAGCGACUCCCCUACUAGCACUGUGUCAUCUCCCAGCAUGAAGCCGGUGAAUUUCGAUUUCUCCACGGCCUCUGUUGAACAGGAUCCAAGGAUUCUGCACCCAGUUGCUCGUCGCGUGUCGCCCGAUGGGCAUGCCCUUCCCUACAAUGAUCAGGACAAGGUGGCCUUGUCUGCAGAUGCAUGCGGUGACUGCAGGUCUGGAGCAGCACCAAAGAACAUAGUGAAAAGGCUUUCUGGCCCUCCUGUGCCUACAGCUCCUCAGCAGACAUUGGCUUACGUUGUCACAACUGAAGUCGCUGGCGACAAUGCUGCAAACUCAUUCUCGGGGGCAACGGGUGCCGUGCCAGCCGGCUCCCAGGGCCAACUGCCCCCCAAGAAGGAGCCCCCUCCUCCACCACCCCCGAGGCCCAAACGCAACCACACCCGCAGCUCCUCGCUUGACCUCAACCGCUUGGGCAAGGCAAACCCACAAAGCCUGGGAGCCCCACCUGCUGUACCCCCGAGGAUUUCUCCUGGAAAUCGGCUCGUACGGGAGGCUGGGACAUCCGAAUUCUCGGGAACGUCACAAAAUUCUGUUUUUGACUCGUGCUUGGUCUUGCUUGGUGUGCAAAUGAGUGUCUCCACUUACAGGCUACCAAGAGCUUCACCGAGAGACAUUCCUCGAUCACUAGACUUUGCAAACUUUGAGCAGUUCGCUGAAUCGCGCAGCGAUGUUGCAAGCGCUCCGGUUCAGCAGCUUCAGCCUAGUGCAUUCGAUGUCUACAAGAAGCCUUCGGCUGAAUACCUGAUGUCGUCACCGUAUUCGUCGGAGUCCGAGUACAGUGACGACUCUAGUCCAGCUCCCACAGAUGACAGUGCAAUGCUACUAGUCGACGACCAGACCGACGACGCUAACGAAAAGAAGAAACGGCGCAAGGCACCUCCAGCCAUGGCUGCCACCGAACUGAAGACCAUUCCAAACGAGAAGUACGGCUUGCAGCAGGCAGUGCGGGCCCACCGCGAACGAAACAACAUGCUCAUGCUCCUCAACACCGAGCUCAACCAGGAGUUGGUGGAGGCCACCUGAGGAGCGGCUCUCCCUCGAGCUCCAGCUGGAGAACCUCAAGCCGUUCUCUUGCUGAUGCAAGAACUCUAGAAGAGAAGGUCCCCGCAUCGCUCCCCCUUCAGUCCUUCCACCAGGGGACUGCUGAAUUUGUCAAAUCCCCUCCCUCCUCUUCUCCUGGUCUUAAAAUCCUCUCCUCUCGCUUUUCCUGAAGGUUCGGCGGGAGAAAAAAAAAGCUAGUGAAUUGAAAUUUGACGUCGAGAGAGUGUGAGAGAGGGCCAGCAAGGUAACAAAAGUUCGGUGGAGCGUGUCUUAGCCAAUCACGGUUAAAUAAAAGCCCGUAGCCGCUGCAGCUAAUCGCAGUUGUCGUUUUGUGCCUGCUCUUCUUUUCCCUCUUGCCUAUUGUUUCUGUGUGCUUUCUCACCGCUGUUCAUUCAUUUUCGCGCUUAAGGGUAGGCUGACUACAAUGAAGCUAUACGUGCUAUAAAUAUACGCGUUAAAACGGUCUUGGCAAAGUUGCAGGACUGGCAACUGUCUUCAUUAUUAUGAUGCUAUUAUCAUUGUUAAUUUCGUUUAACUAGCAGUUUAGGAUUCUUAAACACGAUGAGACCGUCAGCAUGCCGCGGGCACACUUUAAAAUCUCAAGAGGUAGUACCAUGCUCGUUCUCUGUGUUCUUGGUCCUGCAUUUACACGAAGUGGUGGUUUCCUUAAAUUUUGUCAUCAAACAUUUGUUAUUGAUUAUUGAUGACUUCGUGCAGUGCAUCCACUCAUAUUCUAUGUCAAGUUUCGUGCGGAAGUUGCAUUGUCUGUGUGCUCUGAAUAUAGGCUUUAUGCAGUUUGUAAUUUCAUUGCAUUUUGGUCUUUGAAGUGCAGCAAUGUGUUCCUGCUAUUUCAAGUGAAUUUGCGGCAUUUAAUCUUUUCUCUCAUGGUCUUGUGAGCUUGUAGAUUCAAUAGCUUUCGUCGCUGAACUCUGCGAGGCUGCUGAGGUUUCACCGCCAUGCGCAUCUCCUUUGGCAAAAUGCUGGCGUUGCUGUGAGCUGAAAACGUCAUAAAUGCGCAUCUCUUAGUCUAUCGUGAACCAAGUGGCUCACAAAAUGGCGGCCUCUGGCUUAUUUACUCGUAGCUUCACAGGCUCGUGCUUGGCAUUGUGUGACGCAUGUCUUGGUACGCAGCGUUGGCUUAAUGUAAAAAAAAAAAUAGAUUUGGUGGGUUGAUAUUUACCUGUUUUCUGUAAAAUACCUUUCGUCCUUUCACGCAGGAAAAUUUGCUGUUUGCUUGUAAUGUUUGUCACUACAGCACAGUUAUAUAUUGUCACGAUACAGAAAGUGUCAUUUACAGUCCUGUUGAAGGGGGUGGUAACUCAUUCAAACACGUUUCGGUGCUUGGUGCAUCCUUUUAAGAAUCUGAGUUCUAAAGCUAUGGCUAAUUGAAGAUGCGCACCCAUAGAAAUGUUUUUCACUUACGCAUGAGAGUUUUAUGUGGUUUUGAUUCACUGGAACAACCUCGCGUUCUCACGUGACUAGACUACGCUGUUCAACCUGAUAUCAUUUCAAGUGUCAUAUGUCAUUAUGUGAAAAUGAUCUUGAAUCUUCCUGUGUUGUAGGGCAAUUUAGAGCUGCACUGCUGAUGCUUGUUCUAAUUAAGUUGUGAUGUCAAGCUGUGGUUCAUGUUAAAGCCGCCAAGCCUUUCUUAAUGCCAUCCAAACGCCGCUUUAGUGCGUAGGUGGGCUGCCCAUGAGAAGAGGCAUAGGCUUAAGAAUUGGCGCUUUCGGUUUAUUUCAGAGCCAUUGCGCGACGAUUGGUUUAAUGCCUUGAAAUAAUUGUUGCCUACUCAUGCCUUGGUGGGCAUAUUUAUACACUCGAUCCUCAUAUUUAUACACUCGAUCCUCGUUAUAACAAACAUGGAUAUAACAAAUUAUCGGUUAUAACGAAGUAAAUGAAGAAUGGUCUUGUAAUAGUUAGUGUUAGAAAUAAACGUUUAUAACGAAUUUUCGGAUAUAACGCAGUUAUUUUCGUGGCAGAUGUGGCUUUGUUAUAAUGAGGUUUGAGUGUAGUCGCAAUUUGCAAAAGCUUAGCAAGGGCCACAGGCACUUGUUUUUCCGGUUUGUUACCGGAAAACGUAGUAAGCGAACCAUUCAAUUAGUUUUGUUUUUUUUUUUUUCAGUGCAACUUUAAAUUUCUGCAAGUAUGCCACUGUUACUUAGCAUUUUUAACACUGUAUCAGUCGAAACACAGAUAUUUCCUUCUCGUCCCAUAUGACACUGUUAGCUCUUCUGUACGUACAGGAUUCGAUUUAUGUGUUGCUUCUCGGAAAUUAUUUUGUGUGGCCCACCUCAUUGUAUGGAACAUCAGGGCAAUGGUGUCUGAGCGAUUGCACUUCUUUUCUGUCCACUGGGCAACAUUUUUUAGGACAGCUUGGAAAUUGCACAUUGAGCUAUGCCAGCCAGUUUUGCGCAGUUUGUUCACUUGGCACCUUGUCCACUGAAGCCCAAAUGCACGUUUAUCCUAAAGCACUUGUUGCAAAAGUCUUUGCUGGGGCUCGAGCGAUGCGUCAAACAGGCUGCGCUCAUUCAUAUAUGGCUACUUCCAUUACCUUUUACCACUGGCUUCGAUAUGGAUAGUUGUUGCAAUAUCGGUCCAAAAGAAAAGUUUUAUCUCUUUGUUCUCGCCCAAGUCUUGCAUAGAAAUCGCAUUUUGAUGCAUGCAUCGUAACAAUGGAUUGGCACAACUCGUCCAAAUGCGAAGAAAGUGACUACUCCAAUUCCUUGUUGAAACAGACCCAUGAAAAGGUAAAUGGAUUUGCCCGUCAAGCUAAGCGGUGUACAGAAUUUCUCUGGAAUGAUGGAUGGCCUAUAUCACCGAACUGAACCUACAAUGAAAUAUGCUUGCAGCAUACUCACAUAACUGCCAUUGCAGCGUGAAAUUCCUGUAACAUGGGAGCAAUCGAUUCAUACCUUCUGUGCAGCAUUUUUACUCCUUUGUCAGUGUUAGAUGGAAACAUUAGAUUAGACUUAAAGGGGUUAUUGUCUCAGGCAGAGUUUGUAAGUGGCCGUGAUUGCCCGUUGCACUUUGGUGCAGCUACUGGCAGCAGACGUGUUAUUGGGGAGCUCUAAACCUUCUCUAUAACUUAAUACUACUUAUUUAUGAAAUACGGGAGAGGGAGAGAUGGGCUGUUGGUGAAAGUUGAACCACAGCACACAGAACAGUCGUUUCUGUGGGCCGUCUAUCGUUUUGCAGAGGUGUGUUGGUAGAUUUGUAUCCUUGGGCAAGAUCACUCGUACAACACUAGACUUCAAACGUGCCGUCACUGAACAAGCGCCACAGCAUGCCACUAGUUCUAGCGUUACUGCUGCCAUCCGUGCAUCGGUUUUUCCCAGCACUUUGUAAGCGGCAGCGUAGAUAUGAGCAAGGUAAAACUUUCAGGGAAAUGCAACUCCCUUGCAGAUCCAGUUUCUGUGCAAGACCUCGGACGAAAAUCAAGUCGAGGUAUUCACAGAAGUCUUGUAUAUCGAGGCCAUGAGUGCAAAUCCCUGUAUUUCUGCUGUGUCAGGGAUUUGAACAAAUUUUCAUUGGGACAUUGGCGACCACUAUGAGAAGCUUUCAUCGGUGCCGCUGCUGCUAGAAUCAACUAGAAAUCACUGGAAUUAACUGGGUUCUUGUUUCCAGUGCAGUGAUUGUUGGGAAAAACAUCUUCAUGCUUCUCUUGCUUUAAGUUAUUUUGCCAGUUUUGCAUGCUUUUCCAGGGGUGAGAGAGCUUAGCAUGUCUUAUGUAGUGUGAAAAGUUUUUCGCAUGCAGUACAGUGCUUUUAACUGUGCACCUCAUCUGAUGCUUUUGAGACAGCUUACUUAUGUCUUUAACAGUUGCCUUUGUCCUUGGGUCGUGGGCCUGCGAGCUGCUGCUAUUGUUGGAAUUGGCUGGACUGUGUGGUGGAUGAAAAUAUGAGAUAAAGGAUUGUUACAAGAGGGCCCUUCUGGGGCGCUCUCUCCUUUUCUCUCAUUGUUGAGGCUGGCUCUCGCUGACGAGUUUUAAGCAUGUUAUUUAUUGAACAUGGGUUUUGUCCUGUCUUUUUUAAACUUUCAUCUCCGAGGCUGAAAGCAAUCGGCAGACGUGCAUUUGCCUUGCCGCAUUGUGCGCGUGGGGCCUGUCCGCUUGCCUUUGGCUAGGCGUCUGAAGCAUUUUGUGUUUUCAUUGCGACUUUGAUGCUUACUGCCGUGACGCGUUGACAUUUGGCAGACAGAAUUUUCACGCAUGGGACUUAGUGCAGCCCUGUGGGGUUCGUUGCGAAUGCGAAACUGGCAACUUUGUUCGUGCGAUCACAAUCGCGUGGGUGCGAGGCAGUUCGUUGUGCAUGUGCCUCGUGUGUGAUGCACCUGCCUGCUUUGGUUACGAGCAGUUGUGAGCUGAUGAGCCGCACGCGAUUGGUCAGUGCAGAACUCUUUGCGACACUGGUUGCGCAGAAGCCACAGACUGCGGUUGGCUUUGCGCGGCGAGGCCUCUUCACUUUCUCACUUGGCACCUGUGUACAACGGUAAACCGAAGCGUGCCAUGUCGGAGCUGUGUUCUUUGUCACGCACUAUCGUUUUUUUUUUUUUUUUUUUUUCCUUGGCAGUGCGCCAGGUCUGGAAAAGGGGGCUCCUCGGAGAGACAGUAGUGAUAUGUACAUAACUUAGUCUUGUACAAAGAAAAUGGAAGUGGAAGAAGAGAUAGCAACCUUAGAAGCGAGCCUCCAUCCUGUCUGGCAUAUAUGCAACUGUGUUGGUGUGCAUAUAGGUUGUAAAGUGGUAUAUAAAUAUAUAUACAUAUAAUGGCGUGAAUGCGUGUAUAAAUAUUUUCGUUUACACAUGGCGUGCGGUGAGUGGCGUGUUAUCCCGUUGUCAUAUCCCUCCGGCAGCUUGUUAACUCGCACGCAGGGAGCGCAUUCCCCGCACUUGUAAAAGGCGUUCGGAGGAAAAUGUUGGCCUGGCAGUAGCCGUACUUCUUGGCACUGACGUGAAAUGUACCACACCUUAAAUUUGAAGAAAAGUUCGAAGCCAGUGCCAAAGUACUCUUUUCCGAGUUAAAUUUUUUUAUUGCCGCAGCCACAUUUUCCUCCAGCUAAGCACUGCAUCGUGUGAAGCUAUUGACGAUGCCUGCUCCUUGAGCAGCCCCGGGAAAGUUGUUCUAGAAGCGAAUAUUUUUCAUAGUGUUCACGCGGACACUUGCUCCGACGUUGUUUGGGAGAUCAUUGCAUGUGCUCCGGCUCUUUGUUUCUUCUCGAGAUUGUCAACGACCCCAACGUUUCAUUUUCUUGUUUUAGCGGGGUUCGAUAUCUUGAGUGCAUUGUUAAGCCCGUCUGUUCGGCCUCAGCGAACAGACACCGAGUAGUGUGCAAAUCUUGUUAGUGUUUCAGGUGAACGCCACUACACGCCUGCUGACAGCGUUUUUUCUACACCCCGACAGAUUACAUUCGUGCAAAGCUAAAUGAGAGCCCAGUAAUGAUCUCGCGCAUAAGAAGCAGUUGCAGUUGUGUCUGUGGUUGUGGAGCCAUGGUGUGGAAAUAAAGAAAAAAAAAGUUA